UAAGUAAAGGUGGGAAUGGAAAUGGAAAACGGCGGACUAAUUCUGCGUUGGAGUAAGCUAACCGAUCAUGCCUUGGAACCAGUUCGUGCCAGGGAGAAUGCGGCCGGAUAUGACUUAAGUAGUGCCUAUGAUUUGAUGGUUCCAGCUCGUGGCUCUGCUAUGAUGAGGACCGAUCUGCAAGUUCAAAUGCCUAGAGGUUUUUGUGGACAUAUUUUUUCACGGUUUUCUGCUCUUAAUAAUGGCAUUACUGUUGGUCAGGAUGUCGUCGUAAAUGCUGAUUUCCGUGAUAAUCUUGAAGUUAUGCUCUUCAAUCACUCUGAGCAAGACUUCGAAGUGAAACGUGGUGAUUGCAUCGUUCAGUUAGUGAUUGGUGCUGCUGAUGCCCAAAUAUAAACCCAAUUUCUUCUUAAUACGGUGUAUCUUGUGUUCAGUUGUGUGUUUUAUGAUUUUUACCAUGCGUUAAUCUGAAUUUGUUUUUAAAUAAAAACUUUAUGUCACCCGUU